AUACAACUCCAAAAGCCAAAAUAUACAAAAAAAACUUAAGUGGGUACAAAACCCAUCGCACACCGACACAUGACUUGUACAAACAUGAGGGGAAGCAGAGGGUUAAAUACACAACAUGUAAUUUAUGGGAUUGGAUCCAGGUGUGAAGGAAGACAAGACAAAACCAAUGGAAAAUUAAAAAUGGAUCAAUGAUGGCUAGAAGGUCGGUGACGUCAACUGCCGAACACCGCCCGAACAAGGAGAGGGACCGACUUCGGCAGAAGUUGUGACAAAUGGCUUGGUUUUUGCUCUGACAUGCACUGUCGACGCUUAUAUAGACAUCUCAAGGCCACUCUACCAUAAAGGCCUGAUUGUUAGAGUGCUAUAAGGCUGUAACGUAACAAAAUGUGGAAAAAGUCAAGGGGUCUGAAUACUUUACAAAUGCACUGUAAUACUAUAGUAGUCACCAUGCUAGUGAGCCUGAUCUGAAAUAACCUCAUGUUUUAUCUAUUAUCAUCAUGUUGAGUAUCUACAGUUUCUCUUUCCCUGUUAGGAAACAUGAAUAGACAUGUUGUCUUCAAAACAACAUCAAAAUACAUUCCAUAAAGCUGGAAUGGUAAAAGACCAGAUAGGUAUCUAAAGAGAAAGAAGGAAAGAUGUGUCACAAAUGGCAUCAUAUUCCCUUUAUUGUAGUUCACUAUAAAGUGAACAGGGUGCCAUUUGGGAAGAACGCUACAUGUACCUCCCACAACACAUUCCUACUUCUUAAAGGCAAGAGAGUGACGCAUUCAACUUCACCUGGACUUCUGUGAGGCGGAGAAGAGAGCUGAAGGACCUUUCGUGGGAUGAACUUAAUUCCCCAAAUGUGAGAUAGAAAAACCAGCAUGGCAGACGAACGUGUUCCUCUACUAAAGGAGGCAGAGACAUCAGGCUUUGGUGAGUAAGACUCCAUUCCUUUAUGGUCAGAACGAUGAUCAUAUAAUGAAUUAACCACAAUUCCCUCUGUUGUCAAACAGCAAAUGGUGAACCUUAUGUUAUACUAGAGCAUACAGAAUAUGCACAGCGUCACCAAGACAACCAAUGUACAGAAAUCCAGAUCACAUUAUUAUCUCAUGAAUAAUACAUAUUUCAGAGUAUACUAUGUAAUCCUUGAAUAAAUGUUGCAAAGAUACUAGGACAAAACAUUUCAUUUCAGGUUCUGUAGAUGGAUUCUGCCUACGUGAAAGAUCCACACCCAUAGCUGUUUCAUCACCCUAUCCCGAGGAGAAUGACAGCCCUGCAGCCAGCUGAUCUGAGGAUAGUUCUGGUGGGGAAGACUGGAGCAGGGAAGAGCGCAACAGGAAACACCAUCCUGUGGAAAGAUGCCUUUACAGAAGAGGCCUCUCUUGUGUCUGUAACGGCACAGUGUGAGAAACAGAGUGGAGUGGUCAAUGGGAGUAAGAUUGAUGUCAUCGACACCCCAGGACUCUUUGACACAGCCAUGUCUCAAGAAGAGAUGAAAAGUGAAAUAGUCAGGUGUAUAGAAAUGUCAGUCCCAGGACCUCACGCCUUCCUGCUGGUGAUCAGACUGGGGAGGUUCACAGAGGAGGAGAGGAACACUGUGAAGUGGAUCCAGGAGAACUUUGGAGAAGAAGCAUCAAAGUACACCAUCAUUCUGUUCACCGGUAAAGAUCAUUUGAAGGGGAAAGCAGUUGAGGAAUGUCUGAAUCCUUGUGUUUCAAUUCAGGAACUGAUCAAAAGUUGUUGGGGAAGAUACCAUUGCUUCAAUAAUGGUCAGAGGGAUGACCGUCUUCACGUCAAUGAGCUGCUGAGGAAGAUAGAAGAGAUGGUGAAGAUGAAUGGAGGAGAGCACUACACCAAUGAGAUGUACCAGGAGGCCCAGAGGAAGAUCGAAGAGGAGGAGGAGAGGAAGAGACAGGAGAUGGAGGAAGAGAGGAGGAGAAGAGAGGAUGAGAUACGGGAGCAAGAAAGGAGGAGACGGGAAGAAGAAAUGAGAAGACGGGAGGAAAAGAGGAGACGGGAAAGAGCAAAAAGAGAAAAUAUUGCGAUAGGUUUAACUUCAGCAGCAGCUGUUGGGGCAGUAGUAGCUGGGACUACAGUACUUGCUGUAGUCCCAGUAGUGGCUGUGAUAGCAGCACCAAUUCUGUUGGUUGGGGCAGCUGGUUUUGGUAUAGCAGCUCUUGUCAUUUGGAUAAAGAAGCGAAGACGGUAAAAAAAGAUGGAAAUGAGCUGUAAUACUUUCAAUAUUAAUGUUAAACAUGGUCCUUGAUGAAUUUAUAAACACAUUAGGUGAUACAUAAUAACAUGUAUACUGUAGGUGAUUAUGAAUAAAAAAAUCAGAUCAACCUUUUUGAGGUCAUUUAAUUCAUCUAUUUGUGAUUCAAAAAGGGUUAAAGAGGUGAACUUCUAAUGUAAAUGGAUAUAUGGACAUUUUGUUAGACAAUUGUGUUUUUAAUCAUCUAUGAUUUUUUUAUAUACAUAUAUUCUACUCAGCUAAGGAAACAUUAAAUGUAUUUUACAUUUGUCAAAUAAAAUCAAUUAAUUAAUUCAAUCUUCAUGACUUGAAACUGUAACUAUGUAAUAAUACCAAUAUGGCACCUUUUGAGAAGUGCAACUUGGUAAAAAGAAAACUACUUAAGAGAGAAUAUAGUAGACGGCACGCGUCAAAAUUAUUGAUUGAUGACCGUACGUCAUGAUGACGUGUACAUGUCUGAAUAUGGGCCUCCGGCAUUGUGAAAGGCCUUCAUAAAGAGGCUGUCAUGAUUGCAUGUGCCUCAUGUUUAACACGUAUUGCUUGUUACAGAAUACUACUGUUGUACAUUUAAUAUCCCCUAGCAGAUUUCGUUGCCUUUGCACAAAUUCUGUCAUGUUACUGUGGUCUUUUUAAAAGUCAAUAAAAAUGUGUGUAAAGUGUA